GGAUUGUGCGUGAUUUUUCUUCUUUUUGGGAGGGGGGGGGUGUUGUGUCUCUGAAUCCCCCGGGCACCAGACGUCGCCCUGCAUGCGCCAGCUGGUCCCAUUCUAGAGGUCAGUCAUCUAGAGCCCUGGAAGAUCAGAGGUCCUGAGGUUGGAAAGGAGAGAAGCGGAAGUGAAGUGCAUUUUUAGGCCUUCUGGGAAAUGUAGUCCCGGUGCCGCGCAUGCCCAGGAGGCCAUGGGGGCGGGGCUGUUGAAAGGCUCCUGGCUCUCAGUCUUCUUCCCCAGCUUGGUGCUCAGCCCCCCGAGCUGCGUCCUCUCCUUCCUGCUCCCCUGAGACUCCCGUUCAGGGCAGAGAAGGCUUUCGGCAGAAUACAGCGCUCAUUGCUGUGGAAACCCCCCCAAAGCUCAGGUGUGAAUGGCCAUUUCCUUAAAAUGAUAAAGAAAAGGAAAAAAAGAGCCUCCCCCUCAAACCAUCAGCCGGCAUUGUUUGUGAUGAGGCCCAGCUGGAAAACUUCCUAGUAAGAUCAGGAAUGAAGCAAGGAUGCCCACUGCCACCCACCUCAUCCAGGGUUUUAUUGGAAAUGCCAGCACCGGCCAUGAGAAGAAAAAGAGCUGGAAAGAAUCAGAAUGGCCAACGAGGUGAUAAAACUGUUUUGGCAGGCCAGUUUGCUGACCACCGAAGCCCCUUUCAAGGAGAGAGCCUGGAACCAGAGAGGAUGGCCCCAGGGACCCAGAGACCCUCAUCCCAGGAGAUGGUGACAUUCAAGGAUGUGGCUGUGGAUUUCUCCCAGGAGGAGUGGCACCUCUUGGACCAUUCUCAGAGAGAGCUGUACAAGGAGGUCAUGCUGGAGAAUGUCCAGAACCUGCUCUCUGUGGGAUUUCCAGUUUCUAGAGAAGAUUUGAGCUAUCCUUUCCAGGAAGGGGAAUCACCAGGCAUGGUAGAGCACAAAGGUCUGAGGGACUCCUGUCCAGGUGGAGAGACCACGUUGGUUGUGAAGAAGAUGGCUACAAAGUUGAACAUUUCUGUGGAAGAAUUUGGCCAGCAUAGAUUUGAGAGUGAUGGUGCAAAGGCCUUUGGUUGGAACUCCAAUCUUAUUAGGCAUCAGAACAUUCACAAUGGAAAAAAGUUUUAUAAAUGUAAUCAGUGUGGAAUGGCUUUCACAGAGGAAUCCCCUCUUGUAGUACAUCAGAGAAUCCACACUGGAGAUAACCCUUAUGAACGUAAUCGGUGUGGAAAGACAUUCACAGAGAGUUCCAGGCUUGCUCACCAUCAGAGAGUCCACACUGGAGAGAAACGUUAUGAAUGUGAUCAGUGUGGAAAGGCUUUCACAAAGAGCUCCAAUCUUGCAGCACAUCAGAGAAUCCACACUGGAGAGAAACCUUAUGAAUGUCAUCAGUGUGGAAAGGCUUUUACUCAGAAAUCCCAUCUUGCGAAGCAUCAGAAAAUCCACACUGGAGAGAAACCUUAUGAAUGUAAUCUGUGUGGAAAGACUUUCAAAGAGAGAGCCAAUCUUGCUGCACAUCAGAGAAUCCACACUGGAGAGAAGCCUUAUGAAUGUAAUCAAUGUGGAAAGACUUUCACAGAGAGAUCCAGUCUUGAUGCACAUCAGAAAAUCCACACUGGAGAGAAGGCUUAUGAAUGUAAUCAGUGUGGAAAGGCUUUCACAGAGAAUUCCAGUCUUGCUCAGCAUCAGAAAAUCCACACUAGAGAGAAACGUUAUGAAUGUAAUCAGUGUGGAAAGGCUUUCACAAUAAGCUCCAAUCUUGCUGCACAUCGGAGAAUCCACACUGGAGAGAAACCAUAUGAAUGUCAUCAGUGUGGAAAGGCUUUCACACAGAAAGCCCAUCUUGCUAAGCAUCAGAAAAUACACACUGGAGAGAAACCUUAUAAAUGUAAUCAAUGUGAAAAGACUUUCAAAGAGAGAUCCAAUCUUGCUGCACAUCAGAGAAUGCACACUGGAGAGAAACCUUAUGAAUGUAAUCAGUGUGGAAAGGCUUUUACACGGAUCUCUAGUCUUGCUGCACAUCACAGAAUCCACAAUAGAGAGAAACUUUAUGAUUGUAAUCAGUGUGGAAAGGCUUUUACAGAGAGAUCCAGUCUUGAUGCACAUCGCAGAAUCCACAAUGGAGAGAAAUCUUAUGAAUGUAAUCAGUGUGGAAAGGCUUUCAAAGUGAGCUCCAAUCUUGCUAAGCAUCAGAGAUUCCACACUGGAGAGAAACCUUAUGAAUGUAAUCAGUGUGGAAGGCUUUCACAGAGAGUUCCUGUCUUGCUGCACAUCAGAGAAUCCACAAUGGAAAGAAACCUUAUGAAUGUAAUCAGUGUGGAAAGGCCUUCACAGUGAGCUCCCAUCUUGCUAAGCAUCAGAGAAUUCAUGCUGGAGCAAAACCUUAGGAAUAUAAUCAGUGUGGAAAGGCUUUCACAUGGAUCUCUGAUCUUGCUGCACAACAGAGAAUCCACACUGGAGCAAAACCUUAUGGAUGUUAUCAAUGUAGAAAUAAAUUCAUAGAGAGGUCUAUUCUUGCUCAGCAUCAGAAAAUCCACACUGGAGAGAAACCUUAUGAAUGUAAUCAGUGUUGAAAGUCCUUCACCCAGAGCUCCAGUCUUGCUGCACAUCAGAGAAUCCACACUGGAGAGAAAGCUUAUGAAUGUAAUCAGUGUGGAAAGUCUUUCACAAUGAGCUCCAAUGUUGUUGUACAUCAGAGUAUCCACACUGGAGAAAUCUGAGAAAUAUAUAUAGUAAAACUUUCAGGUAAUAUUCAUAUUCUAUAGAAAUCUUAUCACUGUUACAAAUUAGAAAAUAUCUUCAGUUGUCAU